UAGAAUGGAUCAAAUCAAUAUAGUCUAUCAGCAAUAAAAAAAUGACUGACGAAUAAAGUAUUGAAUAGGCAAUUCAUUGACUAAUAAUGACUACAAAUUGUAGUCAGAGUCUUGAAAAAUGGAAGGACCAACUUUUUAGCCAAUACCUUUUAUGUGUUUGGCAUCUAUCAGUUUGUAACAGAAUAUUUGUUCAAGUAAAAAUUGAGAUGGUAAAAUUCCCAGACAUCUUGAUACUAUUAUUGUGUUUAGUGCCAACCCAAGUACUAUGUCUUAGCAGUUGCAAUUUUCCAGCCAUUUUCAACUUUGGUGACUCAAAUUCAGAUACAGGUGGUCUUUCAGCAGCAUUUGGACAAGCUCCUUAUCCACAUGGUGAAACUUUCUUUCAUGCCCCGGCUGGUCGCUUCUCCGAUGGCCGUCUCCUCAUUGAUUUCAUCGCUGAAGGCUUAGAUUUGCCUUAUCUUAGCGCGUUUCUUGAUUCAAUUGGUUCCAACUUCAGCCAUGGAGCUAAUUUUGCCACAGCUGGAUCAACAAUUAGACCUCAAAACACAACCAUGACUCAGAGUGGAUAUAGUCCUAUUUCACUUGAUGUACAGGGUGUUCAGUUCUCAGAUUUUCAUUCAAGGUCCCAGAUAAUUCGCCAGAAAGGUAAUAUGUUUGGCCAAUUGUUGCCGAAGGAGGAAGACUUUUCUCAAGCAUUGUACACAUUCGAUAUUGGCCAAAAUGAUCUCACUGCUGGCUACAAGCUCAAUAUGUCGAUUGAGCAAGUAAAGGCUUAUGUUCCUGAUUUACUCUCUCAGUUAUCCAAUGUUAUAAAGAAAAUAUAUGUGAAAGGCGGAAGAUCAUUUUGGAUUCACAACACUGGACCAGUAGGUUGCCUACCAUACGUUAUGGACCGGUUUCUUAUCACAGCAGCACAAAUCGAUAAGUAUGGCUGUGCUAAUCCCUUCAAUGAAGUGUCAAAAUACUUCAACCUUCAGUUGAAGAAAGCGGUUGUUCAGCUCAGGAAAGAACUUCCUUUAGCUGCAAUCACUUACGUUGAUGUCUACUCGGUUAAAUACUCGCUCAUCGGUCAUGCAAAGAAGCUAGGAUUUGAGAACCCAUUCCUCGCUUGUUGUGGUCAUGGUGGGAAAUACAACUACAACAGAUUCAUUAAAUGUGGGAGUAAGAAAGUGGUGAAUGGACAGGAGAUCGUGAUCGCACAGUCUUGCAAAGAUCCAUCAGUUCGAGUUAGUUGGGAUGGAACUCAUUUCACAGAAGCAGCUAAUAAGUGGAUAUUUGAUCAAAUUGUUAACGGCUCGUUCUCAGACCCUCCAAUUCCUUUGAGUUUGGCUUGCAAGAGAGUUAACCAUUGAAUUUUUAGGUUAAUCUCAUGUCUCCAACAACUCUACCUGCAAGGUACAUAGAGUUUCAUGAGUGUCAUUUGACUGAAAUAAAAGCUUUUUCAUUCACUAAUAGCUGAGAAAAGCAUCCUUGAGACUGCUCCGGCUCACUGUUUCUUUUUUCCUUUUUUAUUUGGAAUAGCACCUUGAGUUCUAAGUCUCUGGUUUUAGAGGAGGUAAUAAGGAGGUAUAAAGAUGGUUAUGUGAGGCAUGAAAUUGCUACUGGAGCUUGUGAGAGUCUAACUUGAAUAAAUGAGUUACCAGUAUUUAUCCGCAUCAUUGUCACAAAUAGCAGAUGAACAAACUCCUGUUUCAAAUUGUAACUGCAUGUGAAUAACUAAAGCUCUUUAAAUAGUUCAAA